UGCGUGUGUGCCAACACUUAUCUGAAUCACUUUAGACAGUUCGGCUGCAGAGAAACAUCAGACAUUGUUGCUGGGACUUCAUUCAGGUUUCAAUCUGAAGAAUGACAGAAAAUUAUAAUAACAUCACCCACUGGAAUGGCAGCUAUGAAUACUUCAACGAUGAGUAUAACCAAAAAUUAGAUUUCAUAAUGCACGUGGUAAGAUGCGUCAUCAUUAGUAUCGGCCUUCCUCUGACGCUCAUGGUCAUCUAUUCUCUUUGCUUUCUGGUACGAAAGGAUCAUGUGGCUCCAAUCUACGUCAUCAACCUUCUCAUUUCUGACCUCAUUCAGUUCUGCUGCCUGCUCAUUCUGGAGAUAAAUCAGCAUCAGUCUCUUAACAUCGUAAAUUAUAUUUACAGUAGUGGCCUAAUGACCAGUGUUUGCUUCAUGGUGUGUGUCUCACUGGAAAGAUAUUUGGUCAUCGCCCACCCACUGUGGUACCGCUUCAAACGAACCAUCAAGAUCUCUGUGGUGGUCAGUGUCGUGGCCUGGCUCUUACCUCCUGUCACUUUCCUCCUUCUGUUUCUCUUCUCUCAGCUUCUCUGGGUUCCUGUUGAAGUGAUAUAUAUCAUCAUCAUCAUCAUUUUCCUCAUCAUUCCCUUCCCACUGUUAAUAUUCUUCCUGGUUGGGACCCUCAGAGCCCUCUCUGCUUCUGUCUCCAUCCCCUUUGAAGAAAAAUGUCGAAUUGUUGGAAUCUUGGUCAUGAUGCUGCUCAUUUACACACUGCUGUUCCUGCCCAGCAUCAUUUUAUUUAUUCUCAUGUACAUGAACAUAUUUGACCGAAAUCUGGGUGUCUUAUCUGGCAUGUUCUUUACGCUGAGUCCUCUUGCAGACUUAAUUCUGUAUGUUUUCUUGAGAAAAGAGUCCAUUGUAAAGCUUUAUACCGCUGUGAACUGGUGCAGACUUGCCAAUGCUGACACGAACAUAUAGACUGUAACAACACCACAGGUAACUGAACCCAAAAGCACGACUCACAACGCAGUCUUUACUCUUUCAGCUGACAGAAUCCAAAAAAGUGAUCAAAGAGGAAACAAAAGGCUUGACCGCUUCUCACAGGGGUCAAAGACGAACUGGCACAGAAGGAAGAGAAGCUACAGGCUAAAUACUAGGGUGAGGGGGAAGACAACGAGAUGCAGCUGGGAACAAUCAGGACGGGGCAGACAAUCACACAGGUGGGAAACACAUGAGGGCAGGAAGUGAAGGAUCUGAAACGAGAGGAGAAGUUAGUGACCCAAAACAGGAAAUAAUACAAGAUAGAAAUAACAACAACCUAAGACACUGAGCUGGACAUGGCAUAGACAGUAUGAAUGUGGACAACAUUUUGACAUUGAGCUCCAUGGAGGAAAAGAGAAUGAGGAGAAAACAGACCAACAUGU